AAAUCCCUGCGCAGAAGAAGCGGAAUACGGGUGGGAAAAUAUAACGCAGGUUUAGCGUGACUUGUCUUUGAUUCCUGGCUGCUGUGCUGAAAGUUAAAGGAUAGUAAUGAUUUCAUCCACACUUACCAGGAGACUCAUCCUUGGUUUUUGCCGGACUUCCCUGCGGCCGGCUGUUGCAGGACCAGUGGUGACCCGAGGUUACCGUGGUGAUUCCCCAGAACCAAAUAUGAUAGAGAUACCCUUGCCACCGUGGCAGGAGAAAAAAAAUGAAUCUCUGGAUAUCAAGAGGAAGCGUCUGCUUUACGAGAGCCGAAAGAGAGGCAUGCUGGAGAACUGCAUCCUCCUCAGCAUUUUUGCUAGGCAGUAUCUGGAGAGUAUGAAUGAAGCUCAGCUGCGUCAGUAUGACAGACUAAUCAACGAGCCAAGCAACGACUGGGACAUCUACUACUGGGCAACAGAGGCAAAGCCAACACCGGAUGUCUACCAAGGAGAAGUGAUGGAUCUGCUGAAGGAGUUCACGAAGAACAGGCAGAUGGAGCAGAGGCUGGACGCUCCAAACCUGGAAUAUCUUGAUAAAAGCCAGUGAAGCGUUACUCACGUGUCAUCUCCAGGAGGCGCGAACACAAGGCUGAAGUGCCUCACUAUGUCAUAGCACAUUUAAAGGCAUUGGUUGACCAAAUAUGCUAAGAAAUAAACAAUAAAAGCUAGUGCUAUUUGAUCCUUUAUUCUUUAUGCACUCUUAGCAUAUUUGGCCAAACUAUUCCUGUCAGCUUAGCUCGCCAGAACACCAGCCUUACGUGACAAAUUGUACAGGACGAGCUUGUUGUUUGUUUAUUUUGUUUCAAGACAGAUACGCUCAUCAAGUACACUUGCAUCAGUAACUGUAAUGAGGCGUCUAAUUUUCAGACUAAAAUAUUAUGUAAAUAUUCUACUUAUUAUGACUUUUCUCAGUAUGGAGGCAGUUUCGGUGGUAACGUCUGUUUAACCAAAGUGAGUUAAACACAGAGAGACGCUGACAGACAUAAUUACUGCUUUUACUGAGCUUGUACAGUGAUUAUAAGGUGAAACUAUAAUGUGCUGUAUUAAAGAUUAUAUUAAUCAGUGA